AUGGCGACCAUACAAGAUGUACAUGAGCUUCUACAGCUGUUGGAGUUAACACACAAAGCAGUGCAUACUAUCAUCGGCGAAUGGGCGAAGACACCCUCUUCAAAUCAAAGAAAGGGUACUGAGAUUAGUAAAAACUCUCUCCCUGGUCGCGAACUAUUUGAAGCCAGACGCACCUUGAUCUCAGCAACGGGGAAAUUUGUCGAACUUGUUGCUUCCCCUAGCGAGCGUCUGCUGGAGGUAUCGUCUCAAUACAACGAGGCACGGUGUCUUCACAUUGCGGCUUCUUUGCGCAUUGCCGACAUCCUCGCCGCUAAUGGCGAGUCGGGAGUCACAGUUGAGGAGCUGUCAACUCGGACUGGAGUCCAGUCUCAGAAGUUAGCCUUGGCGGGUAAUGAGCCUCUUCGCGCCUAUAUAGUGAUGUUCGCCUUGGACCUCUAUACAGCAUCUGAUGCCCUCCCACGCACAUUGUUGGAUCCUAAGUUCGGACAUUCAUACUCAGUUACCGAGACGGCUUUUCAAAAAGCUCUCAAUACAAACAAAGAACGCUGGAACUGGUUGGAAGAGGAGACCACACCGUUGGAGCUGCAAAAUGGAGGACCUGGAAAAUAUCCUGGUCCAUUUGGUCCAGAGCUGUCAAAUGCUAUUACCCAACAUCAGUCAGAAGACAAGAUCAAGCGACCGGAACACAGUAUAUUCGGUUUGGCAAUGCUGGGUGGUGGUCGCAUCACGGGUGUAGCGCACCUAUUCGGUAAUCAAAAACAUUCUCUUCAAAAUGAAGAACAGGUUUCUAAAGUAUCUCCUCCACAAACUUCCCUUGGGCAAGCCUCGGUCAGGCCACAGUUGUCGACGUCGGAGGUGGAGUCGGACCGCGGCCCAGUACUUGAACAAGCCCAGAAGGAAGUUUGGCCGACAGAAAAUGCUGAAGCCCUAGCGCAAGGACGUGUGCAAUUUAUUACACAUAACUUCUUUGACAAGAAUUUUGUCGAAGGUGCCGACGUGUACUGGCUGCGGUACAUUUUGCACGACUGGUCUGACGACUAUUCCAUCCAAAUCCUCUCUGCUUUGAGACAAAGUAUGGGCCCUCACUCCCGUGUUCUUAUCUGCGAUCAAGUGAUGAACACCACAGCCGGGUUCCAAACUGUUGCACCUGCUCCAUCUCCUCUGCCAGCUAGUUGCGGCUAUCACACCCACUACAGCCACCAGCGCGAUAUUUCAAUGAUGAGUAUUAUCAACGGUAUUGAGCGCAUUCCGGGGGAGUUCAAAAACAUCAUCGAGAAAGCAGGGCUUGAACUGUCACGUAUCUAUGACUGCCGCAGCCAGGUGUCACUUGUGGAAUGCACUCUUCCGCGCACCACCGCAGACGUACCUACAAAUGGUCAGCAGAAUGGCCACUAA